UUUUGGAAGGCGGGCGGGUAAUUUUAAAAUGUGGAUUGUAGAUCGUAUUUAUGGCCGAGUCCCGCCGAGAUGGGAACUUUUUUCCAAAAUACAAAAUAUGUGCUCAGUUGCUCUUGCUGUUAAUUAGUAGUACCACUUUUUUAUUUUAAAGAAAUAAUGAGUAAAAAGAAAGACGAAGCUGAAGCUGCCACCUCAAUUCUGGAGUAUCUGAAUAAACAGAAUAGACCAUACAGUGCAGGUGAUAUUUUCUCCAAUUUGCAUGGAAAGUUUGGAAAAACAGCUGUAGUAAAAGCAUGUGAGAGUUUAGCAGCACUUGGAAAAAUUAAUGAGAAGAUUUAUGGAAAACAAAAAGUUUAUGCACCCAAGCAGGAACAAUUUGGUGACUAUAGUGAAAACGACCUAAAACAAAUCACUGAAGAAAUAAGCAAGUAUGAGAGAGAUUGGAAGGACCUCCAAGGCUCUUGUAAAACCUUGGAAGAAGAAUUUAGAGCACUGAAGAGCAGCUUAACAACACAAGAUGCAGCAACAAGGCUUAAAGAGCUCAAUGAAAAUUGCCGAAAAUACCAAGAACAUUUGAAACGUAUUAAAUCAGCUUCAAAUCAUAUUUCACCAGUGGAAAAGGAGAAAAUAGUUAAGAAGCGAAAAACUGUUGUUCAGGUGUGGAAGAAAAGAAAGCGCAUAGCAUCAGAUAUGAUGGAUACUAUCCUUGAAAGUUAUCCAAAAACUAAGAAACAAUUUAUUGAAGAUGUUGGUAUUGAGACUGAUGAAGAAUACAACGUUACCGUACCACAGGGAUGCUAAAAUCGAACUUAACUUGUUAAUAGCCUUAAUAGCGCUAUAGGCUUACCUAUUUUAUCUAUCAUCCUUGUAACUAAUUUCUGUGUGCGUAUAUUAUGUUGAUUUUUAA